AUGCCAUUAAAUCAAAGAAAGGUAUUAGAGAUACUGAGUAUACUACUACCCAUAAUCACUACCAAUUCAUUACUCAUCUCAACAUCAUUACUCAUACCUAUCAUUCAUUCAGAUAAGUCAUUUGUUCCAUGUCAUUUGGAAUAUGUUCGUACAUUCAUUUUAUCCACAACAAGUGCAUUUAUAAUACAACUUGGAAGUAGAAAGUUUGCAUUAAUUUAUCAUUUUAAAGUUCCAGUUGAAUUUUUGGCGCUUUUAUUAUUAGCAUAUCCACAAAAGACAGAAAUAGAUCAAACAUAUUCUGAAUGGAAUUUAGUUAAAAGAGAAAGUUAUCUUUUCGGUGCAAUAUAUAACCUUGUUAGUGAACUUUUACAAUCAUAUCCAAAAAUUUGGAAUCUAUUACAAAAUAGUGAUGAGAUAGACCAAGUAUUACAACGUCAAAUUUCAGAAGAGAAUAUAAAUCAGUUAACAAGAAAGAAAUCAACUUUGGAUAAUUGUAUUAAAGUACGAAGAAAUUCCCAGAGUUUGAAGAAGAACGUUUAUUCAUACCCAUCAGAUGAAGUGAUACCAAACUUAUCUUAUCAAAAUUCGAUUGUUAGUGACAAUUACCGAAGAGCAUCAGAAACGAAUCAAGAUACAUUAGUUAUAGAAUAUCGUUCUGAUUCAAUAGAAUUUUUAAAUCCAACCUCAAGUUUCACAGAAGGGAAUAAAACUCCAUUAGGUGCAUUAACACCACAUCAUUCACAUUAUGGAUCUAUAGAAUCAAUACAAUCUCUCAAUUUGAACGAUAUACCCACAAAAGAAUCUAUAUGGCAGACCAUUUGGACAAGAAUGAUCUGGACCAUGAGCUCAUCAUUAUAUGAAAUUGGUAUUUCAUUGAUAAUAUCAAUCACUUUCAUUUAUGUACCAGAUUUGAACGAUAAUCUAUUUUGCUGGUUGGAAAUUUAUUUUUACAAUAAUAUAUCAGAGUUCCUUCUAGAAGUUAUAUUACCAUUGACAAUAAUCACUGGUGUGAUUCAUGAACUGGGGUCAAAAUCUGUCAAACAUGAGUCGAAAAAGAUACAGUUGGCACUUUUCUUGUAUCCAACGGUAUCCGUUGGUAUGUACAGUUUUGGAAUGCUCAACACUUGA